UCAAACCCUGACCAAACCUCCCAACCCUGUCAAUGGAUCCGUGCCCGUUUGUACGGAUCCUCGUCGGGGACUUGACCCUCAAGUUUCCCAUGGCCUCCAGGCCCUCCUCCGCCACCGUCCACCCCUCCUCCUCCCCCUGCUUCUGCAAAAUCAAACUCUCCAACUUCCCCCACCAGGUCUCCACGGUCCCGCUCAUCGCCAACGACGGCCAAGCCGCGCAGACGGCCACCCACAACCACUCCCUCGCCGCUUGCUUCAAUUUGAACAAAACCCAAAUCGAGACUUUAUCCUCCAAGCGACCCAUCUUGAAAAUCGCGGUUUACACGGGUCGGGUGGGCUCCACUUGCGGGUUAAACAGCGCGAAGUUGUUGGGUCGGGUUAAUGUGCCGCUGUCAGAGCUGGGUGUGGCGGAGUCCAGGCCCGUUGUGUAUCAGAACGGGUGGAUCGCCAUUGGUGGGAAGAAGAGUAACGGCAAUGGCUCCUCGUCGGCGGAGUUGUAUUUGAGCGUCCGGGCCGAACCCGACCCGAGAUUCAUUUUUCAGUUCGACGGAGAGCCCGAGUGUAGCCCUCAAGUAUUUCAAGUCCAAGGGAAUGUGAAGCAGCCGGUCUUCACUUGCAAGUUCGGCUUCAGAAACGAUUUGCAAUCGAGGUCAAUGUCAUCACAGCCAGGCACACCGCGAAAUUGGCCGCCUUUCGGUGGGACCCACAAGGAGCAAAGCGCCAAGGAGCGGAAAGGGUGGUCGAUCACGAUCCACGACCUAUCCGGCUCGCCCGUGGCGGCGGCGUCGAUGGUGACCCCGUUCGUAGCCUCGCCAGGUUCACACAGCGUGAGCCGGUCCAACCCGGGAGCGUGGCUCAUCCUCCGCCCGAACGAGGGAACGUGGCAGCCUUGGGGCCGGCUAGAGGCUUGGCUCGAGCGCGGCGGCUCCGACAACGUCGGGUACCGUUUCGAGCUCCAGAACUCGACUCUCGCGAACUCCACCCUCGGCGCAAAAAAUGGCGGGAAGUUCUCGAUCGACCUGACCUCGAGCCUGACACCGGCGAACAGCUCCCACAGCAGCUUCGACUUAGGGUCGGGGACGUCGUCCAGACCGGGAUCGGGAUCCGGAUCAGACUUCGGGUUCGGGCUGCUUCCCAGCCUGGUACAGAGAGGAUUUGUGAUGUCCUCUACGGUGGAGGGUGUCGGGAAGUGUAGCAAGCCGGAGGUGGAGGUCGGGGUACAGCACGUGACCUGCACGGAAGAUGCGGCUGCUUACGUGGCAUUGGCGGCGGCAAUGGAUCUGAGCAUGGAUGCUUGCCGGCCGUUUUCUCAGAAACUCCGGAAGGAGCUGAGGCAGCACUAGAUUCGCCGGGGGGUGGUUGUCGUUUAGAGGGAAGGGUUUGUCAUUGCGGAGUCGGCUAGGCAUCGGAUUCUUUUUUUUCUUGGUGAUUAACUGCCAACACAGCAUUUUUUUCGGCUGCCGUUUUUAAAAUUUUUAAAUUUUUAAAUUUUGUUGGAUGAGAGUGUACAGUGAGGAAUGAGUCGGCAGGAUUUAAAAUCUUUAGAUCAAUUUUUUUUUUCUUGUAAUUUUUGUGAAUUGAUUGGGCUGUUUUGUUAAUACAUGAUUGAGUUUUUGUUUGAGAAGAAUCCAAUGUUUGGUGGGAAAUUUAUAAAAUUAUUUUUGAUGGGAUGGCACAAAUUAAAAAUGCAGGCUGUCCAGAGUGGA